GAGAACGCAGGUUCGUCUUCCUGGUCUCUUCUGGUGCAGACAGCCAUGCGGUUCCGUUUCUGUGGAGAUCUGGACUGCCCUGACUGGGUACUUGCAGAAAUCAGCACCUUAGCAAAGAUUUCUAGUGUCAAGAUGAAGCUCCUUUGUGCUCAAGUAGUGAAGAAUUUGCUCGGGGAGGGAAUCGACUAUGACAAAGUUGCAAAGCUAACUGCAGAUGCAAAGUUCGAGAGCGGAGACAUCAAAGCCAGUGUGGCAGUGCUUAGCUUCAUUUUGUCCAGUGCAGCGAAGCAUGAUGUCGACAGUGAUUCUCUGUCCAGUGAGCUGCAGCAGCUCGGUCUGCCUAAAGAACAUGCUACAGGACUGUGCAAAUCAUAUGAAGACAAGCACUCUGCACUUCAAGACAAGCUGAGAGAAACCAGUUUGAGAUUGGGGCGGCUGGACUCUGUGUCCUGGCGAAUCGACUACACAUUGAGCUCCAGUGAGCUGAGGGAGGUUAAUGAACCGCUGUUACAGCUAAAACUGCAAACGCAGGGAGAAUUAGGAUCUGCAAAGACAACUGUUGUCUCAGUUUCUGCUGACAAGUUCAGAGUCUUGCUUGCUGAACUCAAACAAGCCCAGAACAUGAUGAAUGCACUACAAUGAAGACAGGGGAACGAAUAAGGAGCUGGACACAAUUUGCCAAAAGUGCCAUAUUUGUAUCUUGUACAGUAUUAAGUAUUUUGCUCUAAUUUUUUAAUUUCAAAAAGGUGUAAGUGACAGACUUACACCUUUGCUUGUAUAUUUUUUGCCACUUUAGUAAUAAUUGUUUGAGUUGUUUCCAUUUGUUUCAGUGAUUUAUCUGUGAAUUAAGAACACUCAGUGGUCAUAUUUCUUGUUUAAAAUAUUUUUAAAUCAUAUUAAUUUACUAUUUUCGAUUUAAAUUAUAUUGUUUUGUGUUUUACUGUCAUGUGCUCAUAAUAAACUGUAAAGAACUUUUCCUCCACUGUCUCCGAAACGCCUACAUAUCCCAUAAUGCCUCAGAAGGGCAGUUUCCUCUUGUGAUACUGUUAAUAACUUCUGCACCGUUUACUAUGUUUCUGGUAGUCAAACUCUGUUUCGCUCGUAAUGAGUUGGUCCAAUUUAUUAUUAGAAAUAAAGGUAAAAGUCAUUACUUCCGUAGAUCGUGGUCGCAAACAAUUAGCAGUUUGAAAUCUCGCGAUAUUUUGUAAUCGUAGACGAGGCGCUUGCAUGUUGAAUAACAUGUUUGAUAACACACACGUUAUAGAAGCCUUUUGGCUUCUGUUCCUGUGGGAACAUUCCUGGUUGCAGCUCCACCGAGUGUAGGGAAGCUGUACCUUUUGCACCGACGGUUAUUUCCUAGUUUGG